AGGUUUAUCUCCCGAAAUGUGCGCGAUGUCGUGGUUAAGGCGUUAAAGCAAAGGGCAGCAGAGGAAAUACGGCGUGGCGAAGUGGUCGGUGAAUCAUGGCCGUGGACAUGCGUUCGGUGAACAAAAACUUGUCUUUCAUCUUGCCUCAACUUCGCGCGCUGUGGCUGAACACCUCCCUUUUCGUGCGCGUACUCUGCGUCGUGAUCGUGUUCGCGUACUUCCUGUCGUACUCUGAGAAUGCCGUGGCUGCCAUCUCCAUCACGCCCGCCUACUUCUUCCCGCCCCAUUUCCGAGUCUGGACGAUAUUCUCCUGUUUCUUUCUGGAGUUUCACCUGUGGGAAGUGUUGGUGGACAUCGUGACCCUGGUGUUGUGCGGGAAGCUGAUUGAGCCGCUUUGGGGCGCCACGGAAAUGCUCACGUUUUUUGGGAUUGUCAACGUGGCUGUGGCUGUAGCGUCAUCUGCGUUCUACCUGGUGCUCUACAGUUUCCUGUUCAAUCCGGAAUUGCUGUUUGACAUACGGAUUCAUGGUCUUUCGGGGUACAUUGCCGCGGUCACUGUUUGCGUUAAGCAAGUGAUUCCUGAUCAGGUGGUGAUGAAAACGCCCGUGACGAAGAUUACAAACCGCAACGUUCCUCUGGGGCUAUUGAUCAUCGCGAUAAUUUUAUACGUUCUUGGGCUGGUCGAAGGCACAUACCCUGUCAUGUUUGGUUUCGGGCUUGUAUCAAGUUGGAUUUACCUACGCUUUUACCAGCAUCACAGUAACGGCACAAAGGGAGACAUGGCGGAAAACUUCGCGUUUGCCACGUUCUUUCCAAAUGUAAUCCAACCCCCGGUCGCCGUGUUUUGCCGCUUGGUGUUUGAUGCUCUGGUGCGGAUAAAAGUGUGCGGCAAACCCGUCCGCCGGUAUGACGUGGCUGGUCCCUCAUCCAUCACAAUCACGCUUCCGGGGAUGGACACCCAAGACGCGGAACGCAGACGUCAGAAGGCUCUCAAAGCGCUCAAUGAACGGCUGGGCCGCGUUGAGUCACCCACUACGUGGCCCUCCAUCGUGGACGGUCCCGGGGAAGAUGCGCGAGAUGAUACUCCGCUGUUACCGGUGCACGAGGUCCGAACGCCGUCGCCCAGUGAACCGGAAAUCAUCAUUGUCUCGCCUAAGGACACUGAGAAUGCUGCGCCAUCGUGAAACUUUCUAUUUGAGUCUGUUCGAAAAGUCCCAUGUGACAAGACAAAGGUGACCGGUUCCUGCCACGCCGAUCGGGAAACGGGUUGAAGUUGUUAAAUUUCGGGGGAAAAAAGAGAUUACAUGAGGCAUGUGCCUGCGAACACAAACUAGCAAACAACAGUUCUAGAUUUUUGAUAUAAAGCCUGGUCGGUGUGCAAGAAUUGCCCCUUUGCGUUUUGCUGAAGCUUUUAAUAAAGCUCCUGAUAUUCUUCUCGUGAAGAUUAAUGGAGUAACAACCGUCUAAUAGCGGAAGCAAGGUCAUCAAUUGUUUUGGGUGGGUGAGAUUGGGAGAUGGAUUUUUAUUUCCUGUGAUUCGUUGUAUUUCACCUCUUGUUGUGUAAUGCACUGGAAUAUGCUAUUAAGUUGAAUAAAUGAUGGUGAUAUGACGCA